AUGUUGUCUCGACAAGUCUUCCGUGCCGCCCGUGCCGCUGCCCCCCAGCGAGCCGUGACCCUGCGCGCAGCUCCCGUGCGGUCUUUUGCUGCUGCUGCCGCUGCCGAUAGCCAGCCCCCGAUUGCUGUGUUUGGCCUCGAUGGCACCUACGCCUCUGCCCUGUACACUGCCGCCGCCAAAACCUCUACCCUCGAUCCCACGGCCAAGGCCCUCAGCAACCUCAACGCCAUUGUCGAGAAGGACGCCAAGCUGUCGGAGAUCCUGGCCGCUCCCACCCUCACCGCCGAGGACAAGGCCGCCAUUGUCGCCGAGCUGGCCAAGCAGGCCGGCGCCGGCGGCGAGACGGUCAAGAAUUUCCUCAGCACGCUCGCCGAGAACAACCGCCUGGGUCUCCUGAAGGGCGUCUGCGAGAAGUUUGGCGCCAUCAUGAGCGCCGCCCGCGGCGAGGUCGAGCUCAGGGUCACCAGCGCCCAGCCCCUCGACAACAAGACGCUGUCCCGCCUCGAGACGGCCGUCUCCAAGUCCCAGUACGUCGGGCAGGGCAAGAAGCUCAAGGUCACCAACGAAGUCAACUCGGACAUUAUCGGCGGACUUGUCGUCGAGGUCGGCGACCGCACCAUCGACCUGAGCGUUUCUUCGCGCAUCGCCAAGAUGAACAAGCUCCUCACUGAUACUCUGUAA